GUGGAAAAACUUGUGAAAUAUUUGGAUCCCAACGACCUGGGGAGAAUCAAUUUCAAGGACUUCUGCCGUGGGGUGUUCGCCAUGAAAGGGUGUGAGGAGCUGCUGAAGGAUGUGCUGUCCAUGGAGAGUGCAGGGACCCUGCCGUGCGCGCCCGAGAUCCCCGACUGCCUGGGGCAGGGCAGCGAGGUCUCGGGCUCCACCUUUGCUGAUGGCGAGCUCAUCCCCAGGGAACCUGGCUUCUUUCCCGAGGACGAGGAGGAGGCUAUGACGCUGGCCCCACCUGAGGGCCCCCAGGAGUCAGACAUGGACAGCCCUAUGGAGAGCGCCCAGAGCCUGGAGGGGUCUGUCGGGAGUCCCGCUGAGGAGAAGGAGCGGGGGCUUGCGGGCCUGUUUCUGUCAGAGGACAAGUCCCUGGUGCACACUCCGUCCAUGACGACGUCAGACCUCUCCACGCACUCCACGGCCUCACUCAUCAGUAGCGAGGAGCAGUUUGAAGACUAUGGCGAGGGGGAUGACGUGGACUGUGCCCCCAGCAGCCCCUGUCCUGACGACGAGACCAGGACCAACGUCUACUCAGACCUGGGGUCUUCAGUGUCCUCCAGUGCGGGACAGACCCCGAGGAAGAUGCGGCAUGCGUACAACAGCGAGUUGCUGGAUGUGUACUGUUCUCAGUGCUGCAAGAAAAUCAACCUGCUGAAUGACUUGGAAGCCAGGCUGAAAAACCUGAAGGCCAACAGCCCCAACCGGAAGAUCUCUAGCACAGCCUUUGGACGGCAGCUCAUGCACAACAGCAACUUUAGCAGCAGUAACGGCAGCACAGAAGAUCUGUUCCGGGACAGCAUUGACUCCUGUGACAAUGACAUCACGGAGAAGGUGAGCUUCCUGGAAAAGAAGGUGACGGAGCUGGAGAAUGACAGCCUGACCAACGGGGACCUGAAGAGCAAGCUGAAGCAGGAGAAUACACAGCUGGUACACAGAGUGCACGAGCUGGAGGAGAUGGUGAAGGACCAGGAGACCACUGCUGAGCAGGCGCUGGAGGAGGAGGCCCGGCGGCACCGAGAGGCUUACAGCAAGCUGGAGCGGGAAAAGAGCACGGAGCUGGACCUACUCAACACCAGGGUGCAGCAGUUAGAGGAAGAAAAUGCUGAACUUAGAACAACUGUCUCACGACUCAAGUCUCAGACAGAGAAACUAGACGAGGAGCGGCAGCGCAUGUCUGACCGGCUGGAGGACACCAGCCUGCGGCUGAAGGAUGAGAUGGACCUGUACAAGCGCAUGAUGGACAAGCUGCGCCAGAAUCGCCUCGAGUUCCAGAAGGAGCGGGAGGCCACGCAGGAGCUCAUCGAGGACCUGCGGAAGGAGCUGGAGCACCUGCAGAUGUACAAGCUGGACUGUGAGCGGACAGGCAGGGGCCGCAGCGCCUCAUCCGGCCUGGGCGAGUUUAACGCCAGGGCCCGAGAGGUGGAGCUCGAGCAUGAGGUCAAGCGGCUGAAACAGGAGAAUCACAAGCUGCGGGAUCAGAAUGAUGACCUGAAUGGACAGAUCCUGAGCCUGAGCCUCUACGAAGCAAAGAACCUCUUUGCUACCCAGACCAAAGCCCAGUCUCUGGCUGCAGAAAUAGACACAGCCUCUCGCGACGAGCUUAUGGAAGCCCUAAAGGAGCAGGAGGAGAUCAACUUCCGGCUGAGGCAGUACAUGGACAAGAUUAUCCUGGCCAUCCUGGACCACAACCCCUCCAUCCUGGAGAUCAAACACUGAGCCAGGCUAGCGCAGAGCAGCGUCAGGAUGCCAGGACUGCGGGCCAGGCCUGCUUCAGGACACGGACCCAGCUGCACUCUCACACUCACGCUAUAAAUGUACCUCUGGCCGCUGUGCAUACUGCGCUGGUGUACGUGUGGGGAGGCUGCGAGUGUGCCCGUGGUGGGGUGAGCUCAGGGCCAUGGUGGUCAGUGGCACCUGUACUUUGUGGCCCCGUUGCAGGGGCAGAGGGCACUGGAAGUGUAAGAGGCAGGGUGUGCCAUCAGGAGUUCCUGUAAUAAUGAGAACUGGAAGCAUGUGUUUCAGAUACUGGGUAAAAUGAUUCUACCUCUGGGGAUAAGGAUGAGGAAAUGCUCCAGUGAGCUGGCUCUUCCCCACCCAACCGCUGGGAGUGGGAGCAAGACGGCGAUCUCUGCAGGAGUUUGCUUGCCAGGCUCUCUGGCCACUUUUGACGUCCUGCCGUUGGAGCAUGGCGGGGAGGAAGGGGUGUAGGGGAGCUCCUUCCCCACGGGUGGCCCUCUGUGGUUGGGGUGCACAAGGACCAGAGGACUCGGGUUCACUGGCAGCUGGCGUGGGCCGUCCUCGUCUGGUAGGGCUCUUGACAUUUUUUAGGUUCUCUGUGCCCUCUCCAUCCCUGCUUACCUACCUCCCUUUUCUGCUUUUGUUUUGUUUUUAAAACGGUGAAAUAUAAGAAGCAUUCACUUGGGUAUAAAAUAAAUGGAAAGGAAAAUGGGGAAGAAGAGUGGGACAUAGAGGUGUCUGAGGCCAGCAUUGACAUCAGGCAACCAAAGAAAUGAUUUCCGGGGCCCCGCAGGUGUAUCUUGCUAUGAGCCCAUCGCGGCUCCACACGGCCUGCUGAGAGCAGGUUUUGGGCUGGGUCUCAGGGUCCGAGCUCUGGGUGCCCCCGGCCCAGCGGAACUCCUGUGUCUGCUUCUCCACUAGGGAGCUCUGCUACAUCGGGAAGGGCAGGGUGCAGUUGGCAGAGUUGCAGGGAAACUUUAGUCUUCCUCCCGUCUGGCCCAUGGUGUGAAUUCACACCAUGGAUUUUUUAAUUGUGGUCGUUUGUUCUGGGUGGCUAGGAGUAAAUACGGUACUUUCCAUUGAGUUUUCCAGUUUAUCUCGGUUUUAUAGAGCUUGUGACUCAUUUCCUUAACCUGAAUCGAUAUAAACUCAUGGGACUCUAUUUCUUUCCCUGUAGCUUCUUUUCUUCAGCACAUCUGGUAUAAGAAGGAAGGUUUGGGCGUGUCGGGGAGGGGCAGGGAGGUGUGUGUGUGCAGAGAAGUGAGGGCCGGAAGGUCGGAGGGGGGCUUGUGGGACUGACAGAGGCAGGGCCAGUCUUCGUUCCAUUUCUGUCAACUUGUGCUUUUGUUAGAUUUCACGAUUACAUUUUUUGUUGUUGUUACUGGGAAUUGAACUCAGGAUGCUGCACUUGUGAGGUAGGUGGCAGCACCACUGAGCUAAAUCCCCAGCCCCAUGAUUACUUUUUAAUUUUUUGUAUGAGGUUUGGUCUUCCCAGGACUAGAAACACCCAUUCCCAGCAGACAGGGUGAGGGUUGGUCCCCUCUGCUCUUGGGGUCUAGGUCUUUGUGAGCUCCCUUGAGGGUCUGAGAGGACACAAGUAAAGACAGCCUGAGGAGUGGGUGUCUUGAGAGUUUGCUAGGCUGCCAUGACUUAAAAGACAAUUCAUGGCAUGGUGUACGUCUGGGUCUGAUGUUGGAAGGUGUCUCACAGGAGCCCGUGGAGGGUUGAGCCCAGGGGGAGUAUUUUACACGUGGAAGUGUGGAAGUAUGUGGUGCAGAAUUCCAGAGAAGGCAGCGAGACCGGUCAAUAUAGGAAGGAAAUUGCCUAGGGAAAAGGGCACAAAGCUGGCAGCAAGCACUGUCCCACUGGCUCCUCCCUGUAGGGGGCGCCAUGGGAACCGACUACCCCAGGAAUUGCCAAGUCUGAAAGCCACCUAGACCAAGCCCAGUGCCGCAGAGGCCUCCAUGGAAGAGGGCCUUUUAACA